UCUAUCAGAGAAGUCACAGGCUAUGUCUUGGUAGCUCUGAAUCAAUUUGAAUACCUUCCUCUGGAGAAUCUGCGGAUCAUUCGUGGAACAAAACUGUAUGAGGAUCGUUCUGCGUUGGCUAUCUUCCUCAAUUACAAAAAAGACGGGGGCUUUGGACUCAGGCGGCUUGGGCUGAAGAACUUGACUGAAAUCUUAAAUGGAGGAGUAUAUGUUGGCCAGAACAGAUUUCUGUGCUAUGCAGAUACUAUUCAGUGGGAAGAUAUUGUCCGUAACCCUUUGGCUUCCAAUUUCUCUGUGGUUCCAAAAAACAGUAGUACAGACUGUGGACAGUGUCACAAGUCCUGUGGAAACCGAUGCUGGGGACCUUCAGCAGAUCAGUGCCAGAGUUUAACGAAGGUGGUGUGCGCGGAGCAGUGUGAUGGCCGAUGCUACGGGCGUUCUGUCAGCGAAUGCUGUCAUCGAGAAUGUGCGGGAGGCUGUUCCGGACCCAAAGACACAGACUGCUUUGCAUGUAUGAAUUUUAAUGACAGCGGGGCCUGUGUCACCCAGUGCCCACAGACUUCAGUCUACAAUCCUGCCACAUUCCAGAUGGAAACCAACCGAGAUGGCAAAUAUACUUAUGGUGCUUUUUGUGUCAAAAAGUGCCCACACAACUUUGUGGUUGAUAUCAGCUCCUGUGUACGUGCCUGUCCAAGUCCCAAGAUGGAAGUAGAGGAAAAUGGUAUUAAGACAUGCAAACCAUGCACUGACAUUUGCCCUAAAGCAUGUGAUGGCAUAGGCACGGGAAGUUUGAUGUAUGCUCAAACUGUAGAUUCCAGUAACAUUGAUAAAUUUAUCAACUGCACCAAGAUCAAUGGGAACCUGAUCUUCCUUGUCACUGGAAUUCGUGGGGACCCAUAUCACACAAUUGAAGCGAUUGACCCGCAGAAUUUACAUGUCUUCCAAACAGUGAGAGAGAUAACAGGAUUCCUGAAUAUACAAUCCUGGCCUGAAAAUAUGACAGAUUUUAGUGUGUUUUCAAAUCUGGUAACUAUUGGUGGAAGAGCAUUAUACAGUGGUCUUUCUUUGCUUAUUCUCAAGCAGCAAGGAAUUAGAUCUCUCCAGUUCCAGUCCCUGAAGCACAUCAGUGCUGGGAACGUCUACAUAACCGACAACAGUAACUUGUGCUACUAUCAUACCAUCAACUGGACCAGCCUCUUCAGCUCUCCCAACCAGAAGACCGUCAUCCACAGAAAUAAGGGGGCUGAGAACUGCACUGCAGAAGGGAUGAUAUGCAGCCAUUUGUGCUCAAAAAAUGGAUGCUGGGGGCCAGGGCCAGAUCAGUGUUUAUCAUGUAAACACUUCAUCAGAGGAAAAACCUGUGUAAAGUCUUGUCACCUUUAUGAAGGGGAAUACAGGGAGUUUGCAAAUGGUUCAGUUUGUGUGGAAUGUGAUCCGCAGUGUGAGAAGAUGGAUGGAAACAGAGUUACAUGUAUGGGGCCUGGACCAGAUCAUUGUACCAAAUGCUUCCAUUUUAAAGAUGGCCCCAACUGUGUUGAAAAAUGCCCUGAUGGUGUACAAGGGACAAACAGCUUCAUAUUCAAGUAUGCUGAUGAGGAUCGUGAAUGUCAUUCUUGUCACCCAAACUGUACCCAAGGGUGUAGAGGCCCCACUAGUCAUGACUGCAUUUACUAUCCGUGGACACGCCAGUCCACAUUACUACAGCACGCUAGAACCCCCCUGAUUGCUGCCGGAGUGAUUGGAGGACUCUUCAUCAUUGUCAUUUUGGGCCUUACAUUUGCAGUUUAUGUGAGACGUAAGAGCAUUAAAAAAAAGAGGGCUUUACGAAGGUUCCUAGAGACUGAGCUGGUAGAACCUUUGACGCCCAGCGGCACAGCACCAAAUCAGGCACAGCUUCGCAUUUUGAAGGAAACUGAGCUAAAGCGUGUCAAGGUUCUUGGAUCGGGGGCCUUUGGAACUGUGUAUAAGGGCGUUUGGGUUCCUGAGGGAGAGAGUGUGAAGAUUCCUGUAGCAAUUAAAAUAUUGAAUGAAACAACUGGUCCAAAGGCUAAUGUGGAGUUCAUGGAUGAAGCACUUAUAAUGGCAAGUAUGGACCAUCCGCAUCUGGUUCGAUUACUAGGAGUCUGUUUGAGCCCCACAAUCCAGCUAGUUACUCAGCUGAUGCCCCAUGGUUGCUUACUAGACUACGUGCAUGAACAUAAGGAUAACAUUGGUUCCCAGGUUUUGCUUAACUGGUGUGUUCAGAUAGCCAAG